UGGUAUUUAAACAACAGCCCAGGGGAAUUAAAAUCUGGUGAAAAGUAUGGUAUACAAGAAAGGAAAACCAACACCACAUGCAAAACAGAUUUUAUUCUUACCAUUGUUAACGUUACUGAAGCAGACGAGGGAAAGUAUGAAUGUCAGUGGCUCUGCGAUAAGGACUACCCCAUCAGCUCUGCCAAGUCUUCAAUUAUCCAGUUGAAAGUAUUUCCUCCUCCAGAAGAAGGUACUGAUACUCAAGUGAUAUCUAAAGGUCUUGUGUCACGAAAUUUAUCAAAUUUAAAAAGUGGAAAACGCCACCAAAUUGAGUGAUAAAAAUAACCGCUCAAAACCCAAGGGGGGGGGGGAGUACGGUACUUGUUUAAAUGUGUAACUUGUGUGGCAAAUGUGUAAUUUUCGCGAUCCCAACUUAAUCGCUUUCUAUUUUAAUGAAUUGACCCAUUUUUUAGAUUAAAUGAAGAACACUUUACUUUUCAUCUGCAGUACAAACAUUCUGGUACGUUUGCUAACAAUAAAUAUGGAGAACUGUCUUACCCCAAAAACUCCGAAAAUGUGCGUCCCCAUUAUAGUCAAUCCAGCCGUGAAAAUGCGACCCCAUCCAGCGGCACAUCCCCCAUUAGCCUCUUAUAAGGAAGUUCCCCACCAUCCCCCCAUCGGGCUCAAAACAGUAACACAGCAAAUGCAAAAGGAGUCAUGUCAUGUGAGGACAAGCUUGAAGGGUUGAAACUGAUUGCAACUAAGUGUUUAAUUAGAAAACGAAGAAUCCAAUCCGAAGAAUAACUCGCAAUUGUAUAACAGUAAUUUCAUUCGAUCUGAGAUCAGAUUGUACAAAUAUGUUUUAUUCAAGAAGUGUAAUCAAAUAAUUGAUACAUGAAACUAGAAAAAGCGGAAUAAAUGCCGAUAAAAGCUGAACGUUGAUACAAGCGAAAUCACGUGGUUCUUGAAACAAACUCAAUUUAAGCUACUUCAAGUCUGUUUACGGACUAAAUUAACAAAACCAAAGUAACAUACAAUUCACUUACUUCUAUGGCGACUGUUUUCUUAAAUGUCCUGGAAGAACCAUUAAAUCUGUCUCGGUAGCAGUGAAACUGUUAACAAUUUGAUCCUUGCAUUACGGCGGUCGGCAAAAAACUUAUAAAAACUCGAACAGAGCGGGUGCUUUUGUGGUUCCUGUUGAGCGUUUACGGUUUUCCUACUAUUGUCACCUAGAUUAAAUAUAAAGAUUCCUUGAAUAGUUCUUUUAUAACGUUAACACACUGAUGUUUUUGGAAACUCAAAUAGCCUAGAAGUUUUUCAAAAUUCUCUUUUUUUUUGUCCGUAACUUUUCAUAAAAUGUUUGGGGGACAAAUGUGUUUGACAUGAAGCAGCGAUUUUGUCAUUUGCAAGUGAUUUCUUAACUUAAGCUGAGUUCCAUUAAGAAUAAGGACAUAUUUGGCAAUAUUAUCAAAAUGAACCAGCAAACCAUGACGUCACAGCCCAUUUGUUCCGGUGAGAGGGUACUCCCUUUGUAAGCGAAUUGUUUAAAACCAUUUGGGUCUGAAAAAGGGAAAGGUUUUGCGCCGUUUGGAUACAGGGUCUGAAAUUAUAUGUUCGCGCAUGAGUUUUUUAUAUUUUUGUUGUUGCUAUUGUUUUAAAUCAUCCGCCUUCAGGUCUGUAAAUAGGGUAGGAAAAGUCGUACUCUACUGAAACAGGUGGACAGCGAAUUCCAUAAAUACGUGCACUUGAAAUUUCCUUUUAAACGGAUAGGGCAAUAGUUUACUUCUGUUUUUGAAAUAAUUAUAGUGUUAAUUAUAGCUGAAAUUUCUACUCGUGCGGCUAUUUAUUACUAGGUGCCAGACAAUAACGCUGUCGCGAUACCCACUAAGGGGACGGCGAAUCAUAACACCCUCCUUUAUCUGAAUAAUCGUUUCACAUGAUACAAUAGCCGAAUCAGAAUCCAGCAUCUGGGUUGAGUAAUAUAUUAGGUUCCAGACCUCUUUUAUAUUAGGGAAGGUUUUGCACAUGCGCAGUUGCAUUAAAGAAUGACUGGCAAAUCAUGGUUCAUUUGGUGUUGUUGUUUAAGACCAGAAUAUUACAAUUUUGGCGACGAGGAUGGCGUUUGUAGGUCAAGUUGGAGAGGAUGUGGACAGUAAAGAAGAUAUUGCAAGUUAUAUCGAAAGAGUGGAAUUGUAUUUUGAGUCGUAUUAUGUCAAGGUGGAUUACAAAGUUGCUACGUUUCUAGCAUCUAUCGGGGCAGAUGCAUAAGGCGUGCCACGAAAUUUGUUAGCCCCUGAACGUCCAAUACAUAAGUCUUUUGUGCAAUAGUAUGAAAAGCUGACUGAACGAUUUGGAAACCCAGAUCUAAUUUCAAAGUCACUGAUCAACAAGGUCCUGGACAUAUCAGCAGAUCAGGAUGAAAACAAUUUGACAACUCGCACAACAUUGUGAGAACAUUCAUGGGCAGGCUUUAGACCAGCAACUGAUAUGCAGCAAAUUUUUGCAAAGCUACCGCCAAAAAUUGCGGUAAAGUGAAACAGGCAAAAGUUAAAGCUACAGCCCAAAUAAGUGGACCUUAGCGACCUAGAUGAGUGGCUGAAACCGAGAGUCAAGUCGAAGUGAUAGCCUUUGGUUGCUCCAGUAAUAUAGAGAAUCCUGAACAAGAGAAACCCAAGUCAAAUUCAAACAAAUCGAAGUGGCUCAGGAGAAAGAACAUGCGAAGACUCACGUAAUGUUUUGUGAGCUAAGAAAAACAUGUACUGACAUUGUAUGAAACCUGGAAGAAUCAACUGUAAGUGAACGAUGGUAAAUAUAAGAGAAGUUGGGUUUGUGCUUUAGAUGCCGCAGUGGAGGACAUCGUCGGCUGAGACAUUCCAACCCUCCCAAGAAGCCACAGGAGAGACGUCAUCACCUGGAGUACCAACUAAUCACACGAGCUGCUGAGGUUCUGAAGACUUGAACCGGUAAGUUUACCACUCCGUGAGAGGGUAGCACUGCAGAUGACAUCCACCAUGUUAAUUUAUGGUGGGUCUGGGUCUUCCUUCCUGAAGAGGAGAUCGCUGAUAUACUGGGUUUGUACAUACUCUGUGUUGCUGCUUUUCAAGCGAAGUCGAAUGCAACGGAUAUCAAAACCGGUAACCGUCCGCCAGCCUUGAGGGUAUGAAUGGGAGCAACGAGAGGCAAUCAUUUUUUGUGGAAAUUUGUGAAAUAAAAGAAAUUGAUUGGUCCGUCAAUGCAAGAAAUUAGAUCAUAAUCGCGACCAGGAGAUUAUAAAGCCAGUUCAACAUAUAGAAGUUGAUUGAGAAGUGAUUAUUAUGAGGAACUCAUUUUACCACUUGAAUAUCGCGAAGGACAUCUGGAGGAGCCUGUAAGAGUAAGGAAAACCAAUCGCAUGGACAAUAGUUGGAAAUGUCUCGGAUGAAGCAAACGAGUGUCAUAAGGCUUGCCAUGUUUAGACAUACCAUGCAACAUUUAAUCCAGAAAUGAGGGCCGAUGAGCUAAUGCAGAGGAUGUGGGACGAAGACGUUGUGGGAAUGGCUGAUCAAAACAAGCGCUUGACAGCAGAGGAGGUGCUUGCUGCGCGCAAAGAGGCACAAUCAAUUCAAGGCGUUGUGUUGAGGGACUCUGAAGUAGCAAUUCCGUGAAAGGAAGAUGGUACGCCUUUGUGUUCAAAUAGAAAGACUGCUGAAGACUGACUUAUCUCUUAAGAAACACCUUCAGCCAAGGCUGGAGGUUGCUGAGAAAUACUGCAAGGUGAUAGAAGCCAAGCCGGUAUAAAAGAAUGAAUCCAAGGGUUACAUCCCAUUCAAUUACGUCCAAUUGGUACCCAUCACAUUUUCAUGUAGUGAGAGAAGACAAAGAGACUACGAAAGUGAGGAUAGUCUACUAUUCAGUAACCAUAUACGGAGGAAUGAGCCAUAAUAGCAUGUUGCCUGGACCAAGCUCAGCAAGAUGUUUUUUUUAUGCGCUAUUGCGUUUCCACAGUUAUCUUGUGGUCCUGGUAGCAGAUGUGACGGAAAUUUUCUCACAAGUUACCAUGGCAAGACAAGACGGAGGGUACCACCCCUUCCUGUGGGGGUGGAGGUUACACCUCUCUAGACAUGCAGAAGUCUAUGAAGCAAUGAGCUUGAUUUUCGAUGACCGCGCCUCACUUUAUCUUGCCCAGUGCGUUGUGCGACAACAUGCAGAAGAUAACAGAAAUGACCACCCUCUAGCAAUAGCCAUGAUCCUAUUACAGGUGUACGUGGAUGACAUUAUGACUUCAUUGAGCACUAACGAUGAAGCGAUUAAAGCUCGAGAAGAGCUUAGGGAGCCACUUGGCAAGGCAGGCUUCAAAAUGCGGUCUGGGGGUAAUAACAGGCCUGAACUACCUUGCAUGAAAGAAUAAGGAAAGCAAUAACAUGCUGAGACGGAUGUGUUUAACUUCAAGGUGAAUCCCCUGCAGGAUGUUGUCUAUACCGAGCGAAGGUUCGUAAAGAAAUUUCUAUGCUUUUUUACCCAUUACAGAUGCUAGAGGAAGGAUGGAUAUGGUUACUGGGUCUAAAAUAGGAUAACUUAAAGUAGACGUAUCAGGAAUGGUUCAGUGAGUUACCAGAAUUUUCCAGAGGACAGUUUUCAAGGUGCUAUCGCAUUGCUGAGGAAAUUGUUGUUUACACAUUUAUUCAUACAGUGGUAGACGCGUGUCUGUUGGCAUAUGCAGAUGUAACUUACAUUGGGCAAAAAUAUGAAGAUGCAGCUCGAGAAGAAGAAGGGAAGCAGGUUAGAGCUCUUAGCAAGAAAGAAAGGUGUAAGAGUUGUUAGAGAUUCCCUUCGAGAGCUGUACACUCUGAACAGACAGUAAGGGCUUUUUUCUGGAUCCAGAGUCAGUCCAGGAGGUCUUAGACUUCUAUCGCCAACGGAAUAUUUAACAAUUAUUCCUCGAGCCCGAAUGGGCUCUGAGUCAAUAGCCCAUGAGGCCGAAGGCCGAAUGGGCUGUUGACUCAGACGCCAUUCGGGCUUCAGGAACUAUUGCUUUUGUAAAAUCCAACUAGUUGGUAAAAAAAUAUCGAGACUAAACAACUUUAGCUGGUUAAAGCUAGCCUUUUUUUUUUUUUUUUGCCGCCAAAAAGCCGUUCGCUACUAGUGGGCUAUAACGUAUAGCCUAGUAGUAGCUCAACCAAUUAGAACGCAGCAUUAAUAACAGACCACUAGUUGGAUUUUACUAACAAAUAUUUAUCAGACGCCUAACCCUAGACAGCGGAGACAUGUACAAGACUUGUCGCCAACCGAGUAUCAAAGAUUCAUCAGUCACCUAACCCCAGAUAGUCAAGAGACUCACAAGACCUUUGGCGCCAACUGAGUAUUGGAAAUUAAUCAGACGUAUACCUAGAACCUCAAUGAAUUGGCGUUUGAUCCCAGGAGCCGUUGGAUACUGAUUCUUUACCUGGUAAAGCUGUUCUGCAAGCACUGGAGAGGGGAGUUUCUGGCAACACUUAAUACCCAAAGGAAAUGGAGGGAGGCGACGGACAACCUAAAAGUUGGGGAUGUCGUGUUCGAUGUCCAUCAAAAUACUCCAAUCGGUCGGUGGUAGUUUUUCCGCAUCAGGAUGGACAGGUUCGCGUUGUGCAAGUUAGUAUAAGGGGCUAGAAGCUUAUCCACCCAAUAACAAGACUGUGUCCAUUGAACGUCGCUGACCAGCCAUAAUCCUAAAGAGAGGAGCUGAGGAUCUGGAGCUCCUUGUAAGCUCCAGGUGAUACCCCUGCUAGGGGACCGGAACUAGUCAAGUAAAAAGUUCCCUGAGCAUAUGGAAAAUUGGCUGUUGUGUGUUCUUGUUUGAACCAGGCUUUGGAACAGAAUUUCUCACGCCUGAAAAAAUCCAAGUGGCGAGUUUCAUACCGCCAUGUACGUUUCCAGAUUUCCGCAGGUAUACCAGGCCUUCCGGAGGCUUUACCUUCCUUUCCUGCGCGCGUUGAUGGCAUCCAACAGUUCCUUAAAUUCAUGUUUUUCUUCAAGGCAUGCAAUGUUUACGGGUCAGCAAACAGAACUGAAACACGUCGGCGAAACAGGUCAGCACGACAACAGCAUAUGCAUUUCCGUGGAAUAACUGCGAGUUUGCUCGAUUUACGCCCACUCUUGGGUCUGCUCUAAUGUUCCUCCCCGAGAAGGGACUUUUUGGGGGCUCAUUUCUCAAACAGAGGCUGGUAAUCAAUGCUAAUUGCGAGUCAAAGUUUUUCGAACUCAGGGGCUCUCAGGGGUUGAGCUUUUUCGAACUGUUAUCAGCGAAACACCUGUAAAACAGAUUACAUUUAAUAUUAAAUCGGUGUUAGAAAUGUGUUGAUGAUAUUACUUACCAUCGGAAUAUAAAGUAAGAAUACUAAAAAAAAACACUCCAUUUGUUAAAAACAUGGAAUCGUUGGGUAAUGAUGACGUCUCAGCCCUGAACUCCCCCAAGUAUGAAAUGGUUAGGGAUGACGUAAAACAGAACUAAAUGCCCGAACGGACCGCUUCGGUUGAUUUUGUGACAUUCACUGCACUUUUAUACUUCCACUGUUUUGCGUUUCGUCUGUUCAGUGAAAUUCUGUGAAGCAGCUGUUUUGAAGCUAUUAAAAAAUGCAAUUUACAUUUCUUCGUCGCAUUUUGUUCUCUUAAACAAGCGUCAUAAACUCUGAGCACGAAAGAGAAACUCUCGAGUUUGACCAAAAUUAUGGACCGACAGACACUCGGUAAGCGUGGACUUACGUUUUGAGAGGCGAAUAACAGUGUAUAAGCAAUUGGAGGGCUUGGCAGACAAAUGUUUAUCAUUCACAAAUCUUCUUUUGGAUUAGCCCUCCCUCACUACAUGAAACUUAUCCUAAUGCAAUCGAUACAAGUAAAUCUUUGAUUGGAAACGAUUUUACAGACACAAAUCACUUUGGGGAAAUUAUUGAGAGGCUCAGUCUAAACACAAGCAAGUUCCAUUAAGUGGUGAACGCUUGAAUCAAGCUAGCUUGUUAGCAGAAGGAUGCACGAUUACAGACAUUUUCCUACAAUUCAUUUCUGUGCUGACGUAUUUUCUCUUUACAAAUUUCCCUUUUCAUUUCCAAAUUCUUUCUCCGGCUGUCAAAUUGAAUUGCAUGUAAAAAGUGCAAGAGGAAUAAAGGAAAUUACACCUUCUAAUAAAGUCUUUCCUUAUAGUUAAAAGAAUUCUUGAAACUGAGAGUGUUUUGAUCAAAGCAGCGUAAAUCGAUUUUAAUCAGUGCAUGGAUUCUUGCGUUUUCUGUUUUUAUCUCCCCAAUAUGAUAUCAAUAUGAAUCUGUAAAUUUUGAAAAAAAAAAAAGAAAAAGGGACGUUGUAAUGUCAACUACAGUAAACACCAGCAUAUAUAUAAGAACCAACACCGGGGCAUAUGUUUACCUAUCGUAUUUUAUUCUCUUUUCAUUUUAAAUUUCCUUUUUUUGUAUCCAUGAAAGUAAUAUGUUGAGGACAUUUCCCCUUUACCAACUUUCUUUGCAGUUUCUACGACACAAUCGUCACAAAACACCACAAACUCACCUUCAACAGGUCAGUGAUGUUAAGGGGAGGUCACAGACCUUCCGAUAAGAGGGGGCGGUCAUCCAGACCCUGAGAUAAGGGGGGCGCGGUCAUAAAAUAAAAAUAACUGGGGAGGCCCCUCCCCUGGAUCCGCUACCAGUGGCUAAUGAAUUGCCAACCAAAUCUAAAAAUAGUAUCCAGAUCUUAUCACUUUUCAAACAAUACGAAACAGUGGAAGAAAAGAGAACCACCCUGAGUCGCUGGACUGUUAUGAGAAUUCAACAGUAAUUACCGGGUGUCAGUAAAACGCGGGGUAGCGGCCGCCAGGGCCGAGGUCGGAGUCUAUCUCUUUAUUAAAGAAUACUGUUUUAGAGUUAGGAUUAGGGUUAUGUUAGGGUUAGGGUUAGUGUCAACCCUAACCCUAACCCUAACCCUAAAACAGCAUUCUUUAAAAAGAAAAUAGACCCCCGACCCCGCGUUUUACUGACACCCGUAAUUACCAACGAGUUGCAUCGUGCUCCAGUCUAAAGACACAUUUUCACAAAUUAGCAAAAUAUAGUGUAUUAGUAAAAUCCUACUAGUGGUCUAUUAUCAAUCCUGCGUUCUGAUUGGUUGAGCUACUACUAGGCUAUAUGUUAUAGCCCACUAGUAGCGAAAAGCGCCGGCUUUGAAAACCAAAACAAUGGCGGUUGAAUCGCGUUUUUGCUAGUUUAAGUUGAAUUUUCUCGAUAUUUUAGACCAACUAGCUGGAUUUUACUGAAACAAUUAUUCCUCUCGCCCUCAUGGCCUCUGAGUCAAUAGCCCAUUCGGGCUCGAGGAAUAAUUGUUAAUUAAUCCCGGGUAGGCCUUUGCCGAUUGUGCUCGGCAACUUUUGAGCAACUUUUGGCGUUUGGAGCAAAUUUUUGCGGUUCUAGCAACCUCGAGCAAAUUUUGUCUUUUUGACAGCUUUUGAGCAAAAAAUAUAGGUUUAAUGGCCCCACGGUUUAAAGCACAUAUCAAACACGAAAAAGUGAACGAUUUCACAGAAAACUUCAAUGUUUUUAAUUUCUUUCAUAAUUUUUUGAAUUUUUUUUUGAAUUUUUUAAUUUUUUUAAUUUUUUUUCUUGACCGAUAUUAGUAAUUAUUGUGAAGAACGAAAAAUAAAGCUUUUAAUUAACGUUUUUGUCAAAAUAUCAAGAAACUUAAUUAGGUGGCAAAUUUUCAAAUUUAGGUAGCAACUUUUUGGCAUUCCAGUGAGAAACUUUCCAGCAUUUACGAGCACAAUUGGCAAAGGCCUAAUCCCGGGGGGAUACUCCCUAUAAUUGCAUAUACGGGGGGCUCAAAAAGGGGUACUUUUUUCAGGCAUUAGAUCGAUGAAAGGGUGGGGAUUUUACUUGUUAAACUACAGGAAAGGGUGGUUCUAUCUCAGCGAUCGUCGUCGCUUCGAACUCUGAAAAGUCAGGUUUCCAUAUAAUCGCUAUGAUCGCUGCGAUAGCUAAACUUUUUUUUUCUCAGCGAUCGCAGCAAUCAGAGCGAGCGUAGCGAUCGUAGCGAUCACAUGGAAACCAGGCUUUAAGCUCCCUGUUAGCCUGCGUCAGGUCGCAGACAUAAUGUACCAGUCAAUAAGAAAACUGCCCAUGCCCCAGCGCAGACCCUUUUUGAAAGGUUUUGGUCAAAUUCCCGGGUAUGUUGGCAGUUUAGAUGGUCAAAUACCUCACCGGCUGGCGCUUCAAAAAGGGUCAAAUCCCCCACUCUACCAGCGACAGCGACUAUUCAUGGUCAAAACUUUUCCCCAUGCGUCAAACCGUUUAUUCAAAUCUAAAUUUCCUUCUAAACACAACCGAAAUAUCUCAAGGCUAGGAAAACUGUCUGACGGAGAUUUGUUCAUUCCAAUAACUUUGUUCAUUUCAAAAAGCCCACAUUUAACGGGCUCUUUCAGAUUGCGUGCAAACGGACGCAAUGUUGCAUUGGGAGUUGUUGGCCAACAAUGUUGCGUCCAAUCAAUCAAUCAAGCUUUACACGUUUGCACGUAGCUUCAAAGGCUCUCAAAUACUCCAACAAAACAGUGAAUAUAGGAGCAAUGACGUCAAUAAUCCUUGAACGUGAUGUACACGCUAAACAAAACGCUGAUCAGCAUUUUGACACGAAGGUCAAUGCCCGACAGGGCGGGCCUCAUUUUGGGGCAAAUUCCCCACUCUCGGAAAAAUGCUCAGGGUAUGCCCGGGGAUUGGGAGGUUUUGGAAUUCACUGGUACAAAAUCUAACCGUUGUUAGAAGUUUAAUUCCGUCUUUGGCGCAGGCUAGCUAGAUGGAUUAAGACUCGGUACUGGGAUAAACAUUCGGCUGGUGCACGAUAUACCUAGCGAAUAGCAAGUCUCAAGUUACGUCAAAAAGAACACAACAAUGAUCGUUAUCCCUUACACAAUAACACAAUAGACUUCGCACAAUACAACGAGACAAUAGUGCAUAUAUUGACUUGGUAUAUCGAGCAUCAUCCAAACAUUCGCUCAUUUGUUUAAUAACCACGUUUGAAUCUGGAUUUCUAAUUUUUUUCAAGUACCACCAGCAGAUACAGGAGCUUACAAGUGGGUUCUCGCGAUUGCGAUUUUAACGUCUGGAGUUGGCCUUGUUUUGAUCGUGUUCACGGCGUAUCACUUUAUUAGCAAAAAGUUUGGCAAAGGAUACCGCGCGUGUAAACGUAAGAUGACAUCCAAUUAUUAUCAAUUAAAGGAAAUCACUAAAAGGGGCUUUGUCACGAGGAUACUUGGCUGAGAUCAUUACUUGAUGCCUCACAAAAUGCUCAGUUAGAGAUAAGAAGAAGAUUCCACACAAAUUUUAUCAGGGAGCAGAAACCAUAAUAUUUUUUGGCGACUUUUGUGGGCAGAGCAUCAAAACUUAAAAAUGUUGGUUUUAACUGUUUAAGCUUUCAAUCCAUGUCCAUCCUUGCCAUCCGUUGCAACAGAAGACAGGAAAAAAUUUCAAUGCCUAAAUUACAUAAUUCUAUAAACAUAUUACAUAUUCCUAUGAAUGCUAAAUUACCUAAAUUACACAUAUAUAAGGCUACCAUACCAGGGGCACCCAACGACUGUUUUCUGUAAACUAGCUGUUCGGAGAAACAAAUAUUGCCUAGAAUUUUCUAUUACUUGAGGACGACUAAAAAUUUCUAGAUUACCGUUCCAUUCAUGUACAAUUUUCGAAGCAUAUCGUUAAAUUCCCUACGAUUUUCCGACGCUUAAUUUUCACAUUUUACUUCCCGAGUUACGCUAUUUUUUGUAGAAAAAAGGGAACCUAAAAUUUGGCGUUAAGAAUCAGAAAACGUCUCACUUUCGUUAUACGCCAAAUUUCACCUAAAAUUUUCAGAAAAAUAACCCUCACGCCCUUGUUCAGAAAGACGCAAGUUCCCCUAGGAUGACCGAACAGAUACAAAGUUUAUAGUGCCGCUUAGAAUGCAUUUUUAGAUAGCUUAAAGUACUCUGGAUAGCCUAAAAAAGGGUUUUCAGUGUAUUUAGGAGGAAACCAUCAUUGGGUGCCCCUGGCAUACUACCUAACCCAACAUACUGUCACACUAUACGGCACCUUUGCAGGACAUCAGACGAGAGAAAAUUACAAAAGCUUCAGGAAAGGGCGCACCGUAUUUUGUUCAAUAGCUAGUAACUCGUUUACUUAUAAUGAACUGUUAAGGAAAUCCAAUCUCAGCACAUUUCAUAACAGGCGACUGCAAGAUAUUUCAAUUACUACGGUUCAAAUAUCAAAUGGGUCUAUUGCCUACAUAUUUGUAACUAAGUUCCUGGGCCCAAUCGUUCGAAGGCCGAUUAGCGUUUAAACCGGGGUUAAAUUUACCCAGGUUUCUUUUUCUUGUGUUCAAAAGCUUUUUCUCGGAUAAUUUUCUCUAAUAUUUUUAGAGCUUCCAAUCAUCAGCUUGUAGACAAAAAAAUUAAAAUUGAAAUGCUUUUUAAGCUUUUAAAUCUUAAUUCAAAUCUCGCACUAACCCUGGUUUAUCUUAACCCAUCUUUGAACAACUCGACCCUGAAGUACAAUUUAAGAACUGAGAAUAAUAUCCAGAUUCAACACUGUUAGAUAUGGUGAACAUUCGAUGAGAUAUUUCGGACCAUACCUACGGUCUAGACUUCCGAAAGAAAUUAGAAAUAUCUCAUCGUUCAGAUCUAGAAUAUAGAAAAACAAACAUAGCGGAACUGGUUAGUAAUUCUAACCGUCAGAACUGCUAUUUACGCCACUCUUGAUUUAUUUUUAGUGCUUGUAUUCUUAUAUAUAGCGAUACAUUCUUAUCACACAUUUUAUACAUCCAAUUUACACCACUACAUGUAUAGUGGAAAUAUGCAGUCAGUAUGUCGGGAAAAAAGAAGUCGAUUUGUUGAAAAAAGGAAAGCACAUAAUAAUAUAUAAUAAAUAAUAAACAAUUGUUUUUUGUUUGUUUGUUUUGCAGAUGACUUUGAAAAAGGAGUGGAGAGCCAUCAGCUUUUCGUCAGCUAUAGCUCCAAAGAUAUGGCCUGGAUCAAUGAAAAUCUGAUUCCCAUUCUCGAAAACAAAAAAAUAUCCUACAGCAUUCACACCCGAGACUUUGAGUUGGGACUGCCUAUCGUCCAAAACAUGGCAGACAGCGUCUACGGCAGUCGCAAAGUUCUGAUUGUCUUGUCCGACAACUACCUCGCCAGCAACUUCUGUCGAGAAGAGCUGCACAUGGCUGUCCGAAGGGAGGCAGACAGCCGAGAUUCUUCGCUUAUUCUUGUGGCGAUCGACAAGUUAAAGAAAAAGAAGUUGCCUGCUGCUUUGAGAAACAAGCAUUUGCUCGACUUUGCGAAGCUUAAGAUAAAACAGGAUUGGGAGAAAAAGUUGUUAAAUGUGGUAGCAGGCCCAGGGGCCAAAGUUGCUUAA